UUGGGGCCCAGGGUUGAAUCACAGACGCUUUUGUUUGGGGCUCCCCGUUCCUGCGAAGGCCUGCUGUCGAUCAAGAAGCAGGAGUCCGCCCCCAUCGGCCCUUUCACUGCUGCAGCUGCUCCCUCGCGCUGCUCAGCGUCUGCUCACUGUGAUCUCAAUCUGAGCUGGAGAGGCCACACGAGCUGCAGCUUCAGCAUUAAACCCGGCCUACAGACGCGUAUGACGCUCGCCACCAAAGAACGCCAAUAACACGAGCGUUCGGAAAAGCUGAAGAUGCUGUUUGUGUUGGCGGAGUUGACUAGCCAGCGGACCCCUUUGAAAAAUCAAAAUGGCUCCCAUCUUUGUCGUCUCAGCUGAGAGGUUUAUACCUUUGUUUCCCCGUCUCGCAUGUCAGGGAGUCUGUGAGUAACCUCCUAUUUAUAUUUAUCUAGUGGGUUAUUAUCAAUCGAGCCUUCGAAUGAAGAGUUUGGGUGUUUAUUUCACUGGUUUUUAUUUAUUUUGUUACUCACCCAGUAGCGCACUUUUUGACCACGUCAGUGCGGUGGGGGAGGGGGAGUGAGUCUGUGUGGGCGGAGCCUGUGUGAUACGUUCCCUGUGGAUCAAUUAUCCACUGCCCCCUUCGCUGUAAGUUUGAUUUAGUUUAGACUCCAGCUACUGGAAGAAUUAUUAACUGAUUUUUUUCUUCUUUAUUAAUGUCUUUUGAUUAGUACUGUGUCACCACUUGCAAUGUAGUCAAAUUCAAACUGUUAUACCUAAGAGCACAUGGAGAUCUCCUGAAAAUCAUUCUUGAUAUAGAGUGCUGCAGGAAUUGCAUAUUUUUGUAGGCCGUUCUAGAAGUUGGCAUCACACUGAUUCCCUUGGGGGGGAAAAAGGCUAAAAGGACUGACUUUUGGAUAAUUGCAACAACAACAAAAAAGCAAUGUGAACAAUUAAAGUUUAUUAUUCUCAAAUGUCUUGUUUAUAAUAUUUUUUUUAAUCUUUAAUAAUAAUCACCAAUUAACAACUUUGAUGACUAAAUCCAAUCGGCCGAAAUAAAAAGCUAUAUAAACAAACGGUCGCAGGACAUCACGUUCACCACCACAGAUUUUCUAUUAAAUCUUUUAAUCUUUAAAGGCAACAAUUUGGAACGAUUGAAUAUUUUGCAAAAGCAUGCGCAUAAACACAACAAGGCUGUAAAAGUCGACUUGUGAGUAGAUAUUUGCCUUGAUGUCGUUUAAUGUCCCCGACAGCCUCUGAAGUUCCAUUUAGAGCUUUUUCAAGAUUCAAAAAAAUAAUGAGUGGGAUUUUAUGUUGCAGAAAAAAAUCUGAAACAUAUUGAGCUUCUGUUAACCACAGACUUUAUUUUACAUAUUUAAUCAUAAACCCACUGACUUUCGGCAUGAUGGAACCAGAGGUUCGAAAUUCCUAACUAAUUUCCCGGUUUUAGGACUCAUUUCUUGCGGCACUCUAUUGUUAACUGAAUGCAGUGCUGGUGUUGGAAAUGUUGGUUGUAGUUUUAGUUGCAGCGGAUGUGUGUCAGCUUGCACUCUGGUCUCUUUUUCAACAGUGCUGGGAUGUCACCCGUGCUUCAGGCUCCUGUAACCCUGGUUGGCUGGCCACGGAGACAGGGAGUCCUCGUCUCAGUACUGUGGCUCUCCACAUUAGACUUUCUGUUUGGGGCUAAACAUGUUCUCCAAGGGCACCAAGCGUAAGUUUUCUGAUGGUGAUGAAGAAAUAUCCGCCGAAAGCCUGGUAGGUGCCAGGGUGGCAUCUUCGUACAGCUUGCAACGGCAGUCGCUGCUGGACAUGUCCCUCAUUAAGCUGCAGUUGUGCCACAUGUUGGUGGAGCCCAACCUCUGCCGCUCGGUUCUCAUAGCCAACACAGUCAGGCAGAUUCAGGAGGAGAUGACCCACGAUGGCAGCUGGCAUAUGGUCGCUGAAGCGUUCUGCAGUCCAGGUCAGAGUCCCUCCGAGCGCUUGGUGGCCACUGAGGUCCUUUGCAGGUCGCGAGAGCAGGAUGCAGAACCUAAACUCUUUUCUGUCAUCAGCUACGAAGGUUGCCGUGAAGAGGAGGUGGUAGCUGACGAGACGCUGUGCUCCGUUUCAGUUAGCGAUACUGUCUCUAAUGUGUGCCUGGCAGGGCGUAUGGGCCAGUGCUGGGAGAAGAGUGAGCUCAGUGGUGUAGAGAGGGAUGAAGAGGCCCUUGAAGACUCUAGUCUUGGUUCAGGAGAAGAUGAGGAGAUAGACACUGAGGAUGAGGCUUCUACAAAGAGUCCAAAGACCACUGGACAAGUUUUUGGGACAUUUGAAAUAAAAAACGGUUCCCCGGGUCCAGACUCUGCUCUUGAGGAACUGUUCUCUGAUGUGGACACCUCCUACUAUGAUCUGGACACCAUGCUGACGGGCAUGCAGAGCGCACCCAAGAUGGGCCCUUAUGACCUCCUUGACAGCUUGGCACCUUCACACAGUUCCCCCACCAUAGUAUCCACCCCGAAAUGUCGUUCUGAUCUCAAUGAACUGGAUCACAUCAUGGAAAUCAUUGUGGGAUCUUAGGUUCCAACUUGUUCAGAGACUUACACACUUGUCUUAAUAUUACUGGCUUUUCUGUUCCUUAUGGAAAGCAAGUAAAGUCUGGAGUCCUUUCAGGAAAAAGAGUUGAUGUCUUUUGAAAGACGGCCUUGAUUUUAUGAGCUGACCAUAGUCAUCUUAUUUGCAUACCCUCUGUAUGUUUUAAUGAUUUUUCUGUAUUUGUCUGUCCAGACAUGUUGUUUUUUUUUUCUUUUAAUUUAUUUGUUAUACUCAUGACACUACGGAGAGCAGAACAAGAUGUAUACAAAAGUUGUAAAGUUUGGGAUAUUUUCAUAAGGAGGCAAAAGAUUGUCUAAAUGUGUAUAUAAAUUAUAUAUUUUUUACAAUAGA